CCAGUCGCAGCUCCUCCCUCCUGCAGAAGCGAGCGGCACCUCCAUUCAAGCCCAUCCAAACUCAAGGCAUGAGCGUCUGCUCUCUUCCGUAGAGCUGCUGCUGAUCACCUGCCUGGAAAAACAAACCUUAAACCCCUUCAAACCUCCGAUAAGUGGCGGACUAAACAAUUCUGGCCCCAAACAUACACACAAGUGGUUCACCUGAUCGCAAACAUGGCGAGUGCCUCCUACCACAUCUCUAAUCUUUUGGAGAAAAUGACAUCCAGCGAUAAGGAUUUCAGAUUCAUGGCCACCAAUGACUUGAUGUCCGAGCUGCAGAAGGACUCCAUAAAGUUGGAUGAUGAUAGCGAACGAAAGGUGGUCAAGAUGAUCCUAAAACUACUUGAGGACAAAAACGGAGAAGUUCAGAAUCUGGCUGUAAAAUGUCUGGGUCCACUUGUCAGCAAAGUGAAAGAAUACCAGGUUGAAACCAUCGUCGAUACGUUGUGCACAAACAUGUUAUCAGAUAAGGAGCAGCUUCGGGAUAUUUCCAGUAUCGGCCUCAAGACAGUGAUUGGAGAGCUCCCUCCUGCAUCAAGCGGCUCGGCUCUUGCUGCUAGCGUUUGCAAAAAGAUUACAGGUCGCCUCACAAGUGCCAUCGCCAAGCAGGAAGACGUCUCGGUUCAGCUGGAGGCAUUGGACAUCAUGGCAGACAUGUUGUGCAGACAAGGAGGACUCUUGGUGAAUUUUCAUCCUUCAAUCCUGAGCUGCCUGCUGCCUCAGUUGACAAGUCCACGUCUGGCUGUGAGAAAGAGGACCAUCAUCGCCCUAGGACAUCUGGUGAUAAGCUGCGGAAACCUGGUCUUCGUUGACCUCAUCGAGCACUUGCUGUCCGAGCUCUCGCGCAACGAGUCUAUGUCGACUACACGCACUUACAUCCAAUGCAUCGCCGCCAUCAGCAGACAGGCUGGCCACAGAAUCGGUGAAUACUUGGAGAAGAUCAUCCCAUUGGUGGUGAAGUUCUGCAACGUUGAUGAUGAUGAACUGAGGGAAUACUGCAUCCAAGCCUUUGAAUCUUUCGUGAGGAGGUGUCCAAAAGAAGUCUACCCACACGUCCCGACAGUCAUUAGCAUCUGUCUGAAGUACCUGACUUAUGACCCCAACUACAAUUACGAUGACGAGGAUGAAGAUGAGAACGCAAUGGAUGCCGACGGCAUAGAUGAAGAUUACCAAGGAAGUGACGAUGAGUACAGCGAUGACGACGACAUGAGUUGGAAAGUGAGGAGAGCGGCAGCCAAGUGUCUGGAUGCCGUGGUGAGCACACGACACGAGAUGCUACCCGAGUUCUACCGCACCGUUUCGCCAGCCCUCAUCGCCCGCUUCAAAGAACGAGAAGAAAACGUCAAAGCAGAUGUUUUCCACGCCUACCUGUCCCUGCUCAAGCAGACACGGCCGGCCCAGAGUUGGCUGUGUGACCCGGAUGCUAUGGAACAGGGGGAAACUCCUCUCACAAUGCUUCAAAACCAGCAGGUCUCCAUGAUAGUGAAAGCGUUGCACAAACAGAUGAAGGAGAAGAGUGUUAAGACCAGGCAGUGCUGCUUCAACAUGCUGACAGAACUGGUAAACGUGCUGCCGGGAGCUCUGACGCAGCAUAUUCCCGUUCUCAUCCCAGGAAUCAUCUUUUCUCUCAACGACAAGUCGAGCUCUUCAAACCUGAAGAUAGAUGCUCUGUCCUGCUUGUACGUGAUCCUGUGCAACCAUCAGCCUCAAGUCUUCCACCCCCACGUUCAGGCUAUAGUGCCUCCGGUAGUCGCCUGUGUAGGUGAUCCCUUUUAUAAGAUCACCUCCGAAGCCUUACUGGUCACCCAGCAGUUAGUCAAAGUCAUCAGGCCCCUCGAUCAAACCGAUGCUUUCGACGCAUCGCCCUACAUCUCCGACCUCUUCGCCUGCACCAUCAAAAGGCUGAAAGCUGCAGAUAUCGACCAGGAAGUCAAGGAGCGAGCCAUUUCAUGUAUGGGCCAGAUUAUUUGCAACUUCGGCGAUAGCCUCGGUGCAGAUCUACCAGGCACUCUUCACAUCUUCCUGGAGCGUCUGAAGAACGAGAUAACGAGGCUGACCACCGUCAAAGCUCUGACCCUCAUCGCCGGGUCACCGCUAAAGAUCAACUUGAGGCCCAUCUUGGGCGAAGCCGUUCCCAUCCUAGCCUCGUUCUUGCGUAAGAACCAGCGAGCUUUAAAACUAAGCACCCUGGCUGCCCUGGACAUACUAGUGAAGAACUACAGCGACAGCGUAACGCCGGCCAUGAUCGAUGCCGUGCUGGCCGAGCUGCCUCCUCUUAUCAAUGAAAGCGACAUGCAUGUCUCCCAGAUGGCUAUUAGCUUCCUGACCACGCUCGCACGGGUGCACCCAGACUCGCUUUCUAAGAUCAGCGGCUCCAUCUUGGCCGAGCUCAUAGCUUUGGUUCGUUCGCCAUUGCUGCAAGGCGGUGCCCUCAGCGCCAUGCUGGAGUUCUUCCAGGCGCUCGUAGGUACAGGAACUGCCAGUUUGGGGUACAUGGAUUUGCUGCGUAUGCUAACAGGUCCCGUAUACGCCCAGAGCGCGGCCCUUACCCACAAACAAUCCUACUAUUCGAUCGCAAAGUGCGUGGCCGCACUGACUCGCGCUUGCCCCAAAGAGGGACCUGCGGUGGUGGGCCAGUUCAUCCAAGACGUGAAGAACUCGCGCUCCACCGACUCCAUCCGUCUGCUGGCUCUGCUUUCGCUGGGAGAGGUCGGCCAUUACGUCGAUCUCAGCGGACAGCCGGAGCUGAAAACAGUCAUCCUGGAUGCGUUCUCUUCGGCAAGCGAAGAGGUGAAAUCGGCGGCCUCGUACGCAUUAGGUAGCAUCAGCGUGGGAAACCUACCCGAGUACCUGCCCUUUGUACUGCAGGAGAUUUCUGGCCAGCCCAAGCGACAGUACCUGCUGUUACACUCAUUGAAGGAAAUCAUCAGCUCGGCUUCGGUGGCAGGCCUCAAACCGUACGUGGAAAGCGUUUGGACGCUGCUGCUCAAACACAGCGAGUGCACAGAAGAAGGCACGAGGAACGUGGUAGCCGAAUGCCUGGGAAAGUUAACGCUCAUCGACCCAGAGACCCUUCUGCCCAGGCUUAAGGGAUAUCUGUUAUCAGGAUCAUCCUACGCCAGGAGCUCAGUAGUCACGGCUGUUAAAUUCACUAUCUCUGAUCAUCCUCAGACGAUUGACCCCCUUCUUAAAAAUUGCAUAGGUGAUUUCUUGAAGACAUUGGAAGAUCCAGACCUCAACGUACGAAGAGUGGCUUUAGUCACCUUUAACUCGGCAGCGCAUAACAAACCCUCUCUUAUUCGGGACCUGUUGGACACGGUUCUGCCUCAUUUGUACAAUGAGACCAAAGUGCGCAAGGAACUCAUCAGAGAGGUUGAAAUGGGUCCGUUCAAACACACGGUGGACGAUGGUCUAGACAUCCGGAAAGCUGCGUUUGAAUGCAUGUACACUCUGUUAGACAGCUGCCUUGAUAGACUCGACAUCUUCGAAUUCUUAAAUCACGUGGAAGACGGACUAAAGGACCAUUACGAUAUUAAGAUGCUGACGUUUCUUAUGCUGGCCAGAUUAUCAUCUCUGUGUCCUAGUGCGGUGCUACAGAGGUUGGACAGACUCGUAGAGCCUCUACGGGCAACGUGCACCACAAAGGUAAAGGCGAACUCUGUAAAGCAAGAGUUUGAGAAACAAGACGAGCUCAAGCGGUCGGCCAUGCGUGCGGUGGUAGCUCUGCUAACCAUCCCAGAAGCGGAGAAAAGCCCCCUGAUGAGCGAGUUCCAGUCUCAGAUCAGCUCCAAUCCCGAGCUAGCCGCCAUCUUUGACAGCAUCCAGAGGGACUCCUCCAGCGCCAACAUGGAAUCCAUGGACACCAGUUAAGCGUCCGCACCAAUCAACGCCGCUCCCAAAAAAUCCAGCCCCUGGGGACCCUUGUAUUGUUCCAUGCAUUGCACUGAAUCCAGAAUAGGAGGAAAAGAAAAAUGUAAAAUUAAAAAAAUGAGAAAAACUUACUAAAGGACAGACAUUUAUUCUCUUAAGCUUCGAAGCUUAUUACCACAUGAUUUGUUUUUUUUAUAAGCGACAGGAAAUCGCUUCAUUGUUUUCCAUUCCUCACCUUUUUUUUUUGUAAUUUUCAUAAUUCCAGAGGAUCCAUACGUACCUCCACAUGCACGCGGCUUUCGGAAGUGUGGCGCUGAGGGACCGAUCAUCUGAAAUGAGUUGAUUGUGUAAAAGUGGACCGCAGUAUUUGUGUUAAUAUGGGAGAUUUAUCCUUUGCAUUUCUAGACUGCAGACCAAUCAAGUUGGGAUCCACGGGGGAAACGAUAGCACUCGAUGGGCUUGAAUGAUUUCAGGACCAUUUGCUUAUCAAACUAGUUAGGUUUUUGUACGAUUUAAACAUCAUCUCUUUUUACCGUCGGCAAAUACAGAGCAAAAUAGGAAUAUUAUCCCGAAGAGGUGUUGAAUAAUUAAGAGUACUUUAUUUUUUCUUCAUCACAUUUCAUUACAUUCCCGCCGUUUGCAAAAUUUCGAGUCAUUGGCAUGCGUCACACCUCCAGAUAAACGAGAAUUCAGCUGCACACAGUUUGCAUAACCUUUUUCUUUUUUACUUGUUGACAGUUUAGUUUGGCUCAAGCAUUUAGAGGUGAAAUGACAUCAAACAUUGUUAUGAGAAAAUAUUUGCCCUGUAUGGAACGCACAUAUGUGAAUAAAAUAUUCUCUCUUCAGGUGCUAGACUGUAUUCUGAUGUCGUAAGGGUGUUGCUCUCGCGCUAUUUACAUCCGUUGGGUUGCUUUAAAGAGAAUAGAUCACCCAAAAAUAAAAAUUCUGUCAUGUU